GAUAACGUCACCGUCAUCAGGAUCUGUGGAUUAUUACAAUGUGACGUUUACUGACGCGGACGGACAAAGUGAGACACGGAGUACACCAAACAAUGAUACGUCAUAUACAGUAGAUAAUCUCACAGCGGGACACGGAUAUACCUUCUCAGUGGUGUCCGUGUAUCAGGGUCUGACCAGUACAUCGUCUACAGAUGUAUCAACGUCCACAGUGCCGGCUACCCCAGAAAUGAGCGGACAUUCGACGACAAACAACACAAUAACAGUUACUUUAACAUCCAAUGGAGGUGUUGAUGGGUACAUCGCCAGUGAAUAUUGUGUCAGUAGUGAUGACAUCCGUCAUAGUGUUAGUACGAACACGACAGCCGUAACAAUAACUGGUCUCAGUCCGGGUACCACCUGUGACCUUACUGUGGUCGCUGUGUUUACUGGACUCAACAGCUCUGUCGCGCACUUCUCAGGUCUUAGCGUCAGUGAAUCAGGUCCCGGUCCAGUCGGAACUCUAGCCGCCCAAUCAUUGUCCUACACAGCUAUUAGUGUGACGUGGAACAAACCAUCACAGCCAGCUGGUGUCAUCACACAGUACAGUGUCUAUGUCACGGAUCACGAGGGGAGAUGUGUACAACAUGUACAGCUGUGUACGACCCUACUGUACGGCUACACGGCCACCCCGGACGUGUGACAUUACCCGGAGUAAGACAUUCACCGACGACCAGACAGAUUUUAAUGAGAUCAUUGAUGGUUUGUUGGCGUAUACACGGUACACGUUCACUGUGUACGCCUACACUGUCGCCGGACAGGGGGCCGAAUUAUCCACGGCAUCCUACACCAGCC